AUAUGAACAUUUCUUACACCUUCAAAUAUCUUUUGACGUUAUUAAUGAUUUGCUCUUAAGAAAAAAAAAAAGGAUUUUUGAGAAUCUUUUGCAUGUUUUUGAUUUUGGUAAAUCUUUAAAGUGUAGUCUGUCUUACGUUAGUCCCACGCUUCUGCUGACGAUCCUGGUACUUCUCUUCCUGCCACAAGAUUUUGUUCCUUUUUUCCAAAGUCGUGGUAUUUUAAAUUUUGAAUCCGCCUUUAUAUACGAACAAGUUCCUCCUUCCUCUUUACAAUUUUUAGUUUCACUAUGGCUACGAAAUUAUUGUUAACGUUAGCGAUAUGUCGCUUAAUUGUUAUCGUGGGAUUUACUUUUAACCCGAAUGACCUUUUACUGCUCGGGCUCAAUGGGAAACUCAGCGUGGCUCCAGCCGAUUUACAAUCCGCUUCGGUGGAUUUCGGCGGAGUGUAUAGAGCCGAGCCGAUGGCGGUUCUUCACCCGGCUACAUCCGAGGAUGUAGCGCGGUUAGUGAAGGCCGCGUACGACUCGGCUCGUGGGUUCACCGUGUCGGCUAGAGGUCAUGGACAUUCUAUAAAUGGUCAAGCCAUGACGACAAAUGGCGUUGUGGUUCAAAUGAGCGGCGGUGGCGGCUCGAAAAAUAAGAUGUUAACUAUUUCGGAGAAAUUCAUGUACGCUGACGUUUGGGGUGGAGAGUUAUGGAUUGAUGUGUUGACGUCCACAUUAGAAUACGGUCUCGCACCAAAAUCAUGGACUGAUUAUUUGUACUUAACUGUGGGUGGUACACUCUCUAAUGCUGGAAUUAGUGGUCAAGCUUUUAAUCAUGGCCCUCAAAUUAGCAAUGUCCAUGAACUCGAUGUUGUUACAGGUAAGGGUGAGCUAUUGACAUGUUCAGAAAAAGAAAAUUCUGAGCUGUUUCAAGCCGUUCUCGGUGGAUUAGGACAAUUUGGGAUCAUAACAAGAGCAAGAAUUGCACUUGAACAAGCUCCUCAAAGGGUGAGGUGGAUUCGAGUACUAUAUUCCAAUUUUUCAACAUUUACACAAGACCAAGAAUAUUUAAUAUCAUUGCAUGGAAAACCAGCUUCACAAAAAUUUGAUUAUGUUGAAGGAUUUGUUAUAGUUGAUGAAGGUUUGAUAAAUAAUUGGAGGUCUUCUUUUUUCUCACCAAGUAACCCUGUGAAAGUUUCUUCUCUUAAGGCUGAAGGAGGUGUUUUAUAUUGCUUGGAAAUUACCAAAAAUUAUCACCUUUCAAAUGCUGAUACCAUUGAUCAGGAGAUUGAAAUAUUAUUGAAAAAAUUAAAUUAUAUACCAGCUUCAGAGUUCACAACGGACCUUCCUUACGUGGAUUUUUUGGACCGGGUUCACAAGGCCGAGUUAAAACUCCGGUCUAAAGGUUUAUGGGAAGUGCCACAUCCAUGGCUAAACUUAUUUGUACCAAAAUCAAGAAUUGCUGAGUUUGAUAAAGGAGUAUUUAAGGGCAUUUUGGGAAACAAAACUAGUGGUCCAAUACUCAUAUACCCUAUGAACAAAAACAAAUGGGACGAUAGGAGUUCGGUAGUUACACCAGAAGAAGAUGUGUUUUACUUGGUCGCGUUUUUGAGGUCUGCAUUGGAGAAUGGUGAUGAGACACAAACAUUGGAUUACCUAAGUAAUCAAAAUUAUGAAAUAUUGAAGUUUUGUGAAGAUGAAAAGAUCAAUGUGAAACAAUAUUUGCCUCAUUAUGACAAUCAAAGAGAAUGGAGGGACCAUUUUGGAGAAAAAUAUUGGACAAGAUUUCAACAAAGAAAAUUAGAGUUUGAUCCAAGGCAUAUAUUAGCAACCGGCCAAAAGAUUUUUAUGCCUUCUUUUAAUCCUAAUACUGCUACUUGGUGACGUUUGAUUAUGUAUUAAUUAAUUAAUUGGUAUAGUUAUUAAUUAGGAUUUAGGAUUAGUUGAGAUCAGAAUUAGUUAGCAGUAGAUUUGAUAGGAUCAUGUUUAGUGUAUUUUAUGUACAUAUCAAGUUGGAAAAAAGAGCAAAAAUUAUUAAUUCACUUAAUUAUUUAGUAAAGAAGAAAUCUUCGUCC